AAUGAGCUUUUCUGAGCUUUCGACGCGCGGUCACACUUGUAGAAUUGUUUUUUUUCGCGAAUUCAAUUGCAGUUUUUUCGCAACCUUUUAAAUUAAGAGCAAUAAUCGAAAGGGCCAUUUAACAGUGACCGCAGCUCCGGGGAAACGGGCGAAAAAAUCAUGACCGAGAAGUACGAUGGCAACGGUGACUUUUCCGCCUUUAACGACGAUGACAACGACUUUGGCGGCAAGCCUCGCAAGCCUGGUGGUUCCAUAGGAGCACCAGGUGGCGCCCACAAUGGUGACGCUUCCGUCCACGAUCACGGUCAUCAUGGCGGAGAUCCCGGCGGCAGUGUCCAGAUAAACGAGAAAGCCAAUGAGUAUAUACGCGACUGUAUGGCGGAACGAAAUCGCAUGGACAGGAAGUUUCCCAUUGCCGAGAAACUGCUGGAGGGCGAGAUUGAAAAGGUCCAGACAACAGGAAGGAUCCCUUCCAGAGAGCAAAAAUAUGCCGAUAUCUAUAGAGAGAAGCCGCUGCGGAUCUCACAACGCGUUUUAGUUCCCAUUAGAGAACAUCCCAAGUUCAACUUCGUGGGCAAACUGCUGGGACCCAAGGGGAACUCCCUUCGCCGCCUUCAGGAGGAGACCCUUUGCAAGAUGACCGUCCUGGGCCGCAACUCCAUGCGCGAUCGAGUCAAAGAAGAGGAACUCCGCAGCUCCAAGGAUCCCAAGUACGCUCACCUCAACAGUGACCUGCACGUGGAGAUAUCGACAAUAGCGCCGCCCGCCGAAGCCUACGCCCGAAUCGCCUACGCCAUGGCCGAGCUGAGAAAGUAUUUGAUUCCAGACAGUAACGACAUCAUCCGGCAGGAGCAGCUGCGCGAGUUGAUGGACAGCACUAGCCUAAAUGACAACGAUAAUGCCAAAAGUGGCUAUAAGAAGACGUCUCACAUGCAGGGAGGUAACAAUGCUAUGGGUGGCGGCUCAAUGAACCCGAUUGGAGGGGUUAAGAACACCCCACAUCACAGUUAUAGGGGCUCACAGCAGUCAUCUUUUAGCAAAAAUGUGCUGGCUCCGAAGCAGAAAGUGAUGUCCAUAUUGGAAAAAGCCAGGACGGCCAUGGACGAAACCUAUGGUCGGGGCUAUGACGACGGCCUUGGUUAUGAUCCGCACCAGUCGUACGAUAGCUACUCCUAUGGCACUCAUGGACAUGGACCCCAUGGACCGCCAGCUAACAUUCUAGGCGGGGUGGGCGGCAUCAGCGGUGGCGGAGGCCGGGGGGGCCACUACGAAAGCUCAGAUUACGAGCCGGAUUAUGGGAGACGAGAAUACUAUCAGCACUCGCCCGGAUAUUCGGCUGGCGGCGGCGGAGGGGUAGGUCUCGGCUCCGGUGGCGCUUCUCAAUCAAAUGCCAUCGGCGGCACUGUUCUCAGUUCCAAUCACAAUCGCAGCCAUGUUAACAGGUGAAAUUUGCUGGACCCUAGCAGUGCCAGCGGUGGUCGAGCUACAAACCCAGCGGCAUCCACCCAGAAUUUGACCAUGAAAUCCCAACCCAAUAGCAGCAACAACUUUUUGCCAAAUCACGGAGCAAGUGAGUGCCAAAACGGCAAGAACAUAAAUCCCAACUACUACUACAAUUCCAACGGCAGUUCCAAGGUAAAUCAGCAACAACUUCAACAGUCGCACCCAAAUCUCCCACCGCAGCUAUCAGGCCACAACAACAGCAGCAAUAGCAGCCGCGUCAGCAAUAUCAAUAACACCAGUAGCCACAAUAAUUGCAAUAGCAACUUUCACCCAGUCGGUGACAAAAACUCCAACGACGUUUCAUUUAUAUCCUCCUAUCGACUUGGUCCAAUGGAUGGCCAAAAGAGUGCCAAUAGCAACAAUAUCAACAAUCACACAUUAGGCAGUAAAAACCACAGCAACAACACCACCACAACCGCUUCAGUGCCCAAUAUGCUCUUAGUAAGACCUGCUAAUCCUUCGCUACAUAUUGGCACAUUUCCGUACUUGCCCGUGCAGUUUUUCUGAACCCAACAGAUACAAGAACUACAACCAGAACAAGCAAAUCGAAAAUCACAUCAACAUCACAGAAACUUUGUACACUUGAGUUCAUGAGAUUAGAGGAAGGCGUAGGAGGAGGAGUAUUUACAAAAUGGACAAAAUGAACUUUACGAUAUAUACCACAUACAAAACAUAUACAUAACAAAUAUAUUUAUACAUAU